AGUCACCGGUAGUUGUCAGCCGUGCUCAUGUUGAAUCGGGUGUCACUCUCAACAAAACUCUUAUUUUUUCGUUUUAUUCCCCCUUCUUCAGUCCUAACCCACAGAAAUCUCUUCACCACGCGGUUUAAUAUGAAUAUGGAGAGGUGUGUGGUGAGAUGCGUGCCGUGUGAGUCCAAACUGACCAUCUCGUUCAGUCUGGACGGCAGCAGUAAACAGAUGUUAAGAGAGCAGACUGAGCCGCUGGGCAAAGUUCUGACUCGAAUAGGCAACAGCAUCAUCAAGACACAAAGCAAAGGGAAAAAAUGCAAAACAAGCAAAGAAAAAAGCGAGCCUCCAGAAAUCAGCCUGUGUGUGAAUGAAAAGCGCGUCCCAGAGGACACCGUGAACGCGGACGCGUGGCUGGAUGGAGCUGUGCUGCACGUCGGGGAUCUGAAGUAUAAAGUGGAGCUGAAUCCUCCAACAUUCACUUUGUGUGAGCUCCCAUCAUCUCUAAUGGCUGGGUUUCCAGUUUGUCCCAGGCUGGAGAUGGAGUUUGGAGAUCUGAACGAGUCCAAGUUCAGAUGGUUCAAGGAAACCUCACCUAGUGCACAUAUGAGUGGAGAUCAAGACUGCUGGAAGGAGGUUGGACAAGACCGUGUGUUCACGCCAUCCAAUCAAGACAUUGGUUUGAAGGUGAUGUUUAAAUGCACACCUGGGAAUGGAUCCAGGUUCGGGGAACCUAAGGAACUGCUAUCAUCCGGCGUAGUAGAAGCCGGUCCGGGAACGUGCACGUUUGAUAACAGGCACAUGUACACUCAGAAGCUCACUGAUGAGUCUACACUAAGGGUUGUGUCUUAUAACAUCCUCGCUGACAUCUACGCUCAAACCGAUCUUUCCAAAACGGUCUUGUACCCUUAUUGCGCGCCGUACGCUCUAGAAAUGGACUACAGGCAGAAUCUGAUCAAGAAGGAGCUGUCGGGGUACAACGCUGAUAUCGUUUGCCUCCAGGAGGUGGAUAAGGGGGUUUUUGUAGAUAGUUUGUCUCCUGCGUUGGAUGCUUUUGGGUUGGAUGGGGUUUUUAGAAUCAAGGAGAGGCAGCAUGAAGGCCUGGCUACUUAUUUUAGGAGGUCUAAGUUGAAGUUGCUGGAGCAGUAUGAUGUUAUGCUGAGCGAGGCCUUGACAACGGAUCCUCUUCAUCGGGAUCUGCUGGAGAAAGUGUCCACCAAUCCCAGCUUGAAGGAGAAGAUCGAAAACAGGUCGACGAUGCUGCAGGUGACCAUCCUGCAGUCGUUAUGUGACCCGUCAAAGAUAUUAUGUGUGGGAAACACACACCUGUACUGGCACCCGAAAGGAGGAAACGUUCGACUGGUUCAGAUAGCAGUGGCCCUCAAACACAUGAAGCAGGUGGUGACGGAGAAGCAUCCCGGAGCCGGACUCAUAUUCUCCGGUGAUUUCAACAGCACGCCCUCCUCCGGCCUCUUCCAGCUCGUCUGUGAAGGAUCCGUCACGGAAAAUCAUGACGACUGGGCCUCCAAUGGGCCCGAAGAACAGAUCCAAGUGGGACUGACGAACCCGUUCCAGCUGGCCAGCGCUUGCGGCGCCCCGGCCUUCACCAACUACGUCGGAGGCUUCCAGGGGUGUCUGGACUAUAUAUUUGUGGAGCCGCACGUGCUGCAGGUGGAGCAAGUCAUUCCUCUACCCAGCCUUCAGGAGGUCACGACCUGCGUGGCCCUGCCGAGCGUCUCGCACCCAUCAGAUCACAUCGCGCUGGUGUGCGACCUCAAGUGGAAGUGAAACAAUCCGUUUGUGUUUCAUCAAAAGCUAUUUUAACUUUUUAAUGUCCAAAUUUCAGCAUUUUAUUUGUAUUUAUCACAUAGCUUCAUUCUCACUUGUACAAAUGAAUAUUUAUGAUGAGGAUAAGUUAUUGUAUAAUAUUUAUGAAAUGCCUCUUGACACCAACAUGCAAAUAUUAAAAGCAUUUAAAUUCAUUCAUCUUUUUGUGACAUUGCUUUAACGUUUCUUUUCAAACCAGAGGAGCGAAUGGAAAUAAUCAGUUACGCAAUUUUUGCGUGGACACUAAUCGUGUCUUCCAUGCAAGUUGAAAAAAUUCAACUAGAGCGGAAAAUUUGCAUGGUGUGUUGUCAAGAGCUUAUUGACGCAUACAGUUUGAUGAGUCCAGCUGUACCAGAAUUUUAUUUUUUUAUUAAAGUGGAAAAACAUCCCCCAAGUAAUCUAGAGUAAUGCAAAUAUUUGCUUUGCCUUUGCCAAGUCAAUGCAAAGAUGCAAAUUCCCAAUGGGUGACGCAUUUCCAGCGAACGCGCAAUAUUUGCCUGAAUCGUGCUUUCCGUGCAAGUUGAAAUAAUUCUUGAGCGAAAAACUUAUUGACACGUAGGAUUUGUCCGGCUGUAUCAGAAAACGCAAGUGACGCAAAAAAAAAAAAAACCUCCCUAAAGUAAUGCGAUGCAAAUAUUUUGCCUUUGCCAAAUGUGAAUUUAAUUAUUUGCACGAAUAGAUUGCAUACCAAGUCAGUGCAAAGACGUAAAUUGGGUGAUGCGUUUGCCGUGAAUGUGUGAUAUUUGCCUCAAUUGCAAUCACAAUUUUUUUCAACUUGUGCCGAAAAUUUAAAUAGCAUGUUGUUGCACAAGCCAAUCAGCGAAGAGCUUAUUGACAUGUACGACUUGACACGUCCCGCUCUAUCAGGAAAAGUUUUGCACGAGCCAGUAACAUAAGUUUUAAUGAUGGAUUCGUUUCUUACAAACAUUCAGCUUUUGUCUGCUCAAGGGAUUAAUUGAUGGACUGGAGUGAUGUGAAUUACUUGUGGAUUAUUGUGAUGUUUUUAUCAGCUGUUUGGACCCUCAUUCUGACGGCACCCAUUCACUACAGAGGAUCCAUUGUUGAGCAAGUGAUCCAAUGCUGCAUUUCUUCAAAUCUGAUGAAGAAACAAACUCA